AUGGAGAAACACUCCAUGCGUCACCUGCUGUGGGCUGCACUGUUCCUGUUGUAUUGCAGCUGCGGGUGUUUGGCUGCUGUUGUGCAGCAUUUACCACAGAAAGGAGAAAGUGGUCUACAGGCGUACACCGUUGCUACUCCUACUACCACUACUACUGAUGAUGAUAAGACUGGUCCGGAUUGGAAGCCCAUUCGCAUUGGUGUGUAUACAAAAUUUGUGGAGGAUAUUCUGAAAGAAUGCAAAGAGCAGCGUCCGGAGAGUAAUUCCAAUCCCACCGUCGAAUUCUGUGGUGGUGACAAUCAAAUGACAACGGAAAAGAUGAAUACUCUUUUUAAGGAUAUCUUGCCUAAAGCCAUCAAACUGCACACAGAUCGUCUUAAGGUAAAACAGGUGGGGAAAAGUGAAAAUAUCAUAAGCGAAGAACUUAAUCCUCUUCCAGAAAAGUGCGGGCCCUUUAAGGAUCCCUUGGGUAAAGCUCAGAAGAUCCCUGAUGUCGAUUUUAUGAUUUACGUGGGUCUCUCAGCUAAACGCGAAAAAGUUGAGAUUUGCACUCAGGAUAAUGAAAAGAGACCAACGUCUGCUGUCAUCAAAUUCAUCCCAAAGGAGAUAAACGCCGCAUGGCAGUAUAUUCGCGUUACUGCACAUGAGAUUGCGCAUGGUCUUGGAUUUCAAUAUGAACUUAUGGAAAAACUGGGAAUGAUAGAACUCAACAACAGUGAUCUGCAAUCUUCUCAAGGGUCAAGCAGUGUAAAAACUUCCCGUAUGGUGAAAUUUGAAAAAUCUGUCGACAAGCUGAAGAGUCAUUACAAAUGUAAAGAAGAUGAUCAAGUGAAGGGUUUGUUUUUGGAAAAUGAAGGAGAAGACCAAGAGAAACCUUCCCACUGGGAGAGACUAAUUGCAAAGGAUGAGUUGAUGAGUACAUACAUUGGUGAAGCUUCUGGCAUGUACUACAGUGCACUGACACUUGCAGCAUUUCAUUCCAUGGGAUUUUACAAAGCAGUUUUUGAGAAGGCAGAACCGAUGGGUUGGGGGAAAGUAUCCAUGUGUAAGUUACUUAAAGCUGAGAAGAAUCUAACAGUGUUUGCCCGUUCCGAUUUGUUUUGCAAGGAAGAAGAUAAGGUGCUCCUACAGUGCACCUCUGACCGUUUUGCACUUGGUAUUUGUUCAAAUGAGACCGGCAUUAAUGAUUCUUCUGAGGGAUACAAAUAUAUUAAGGACGGAACGCAUAUUGCGAAAGACUUGAUGAAUGGUGUUCCAUUCAUCAGAUCCUUGAAGGGUACUGCCUGUGAGGGUGGGGAGGAGAGUUUGAUGCCUGGCAGCAUUCUGAGCAAUAUGUCACGGUGUCUGAAUGUGGAAAAACCGGUGAAUUUCAGCGAGGGAGAUCAGAAAAAUGGAGUGAAGGUUUAUGGCAUUUGUGCAAAAGUGAAGUGUGAGAAAGAAACGAAGAAGGUGAGUGUACUGCUCAAAGGUGAGAAUGAGAAGGAGAGUUGGCAUGAUUGCAGCGAUGGCAAGAAAACUUUUGAUGUUGUGGCUGGUUCAGUGUUCAGUGGUGGAAAAAUUGAGUGUCCCAAAUUCGAAGAAGUGUGCACUGGGUUGCUGGAAGCUGAAACUCCUACUAACAUAAAGUUUUACGAUGGCACAGAAGUUACUAACGGGUACAAAGGUGAUGUUAUUCCUGUGAAGGAAGAAGAAGAUGAAGGAAAUGAUCAGAACAGCAGUUCGGCUUCUCCGAGUUCAGUGAGCAGCAGUGGAAGUCAUGAUACUGCUGCUGCUGCUGCUGCUACUUCUCAAUCCUCAUCUAAUCCCAAUGGGACAAACUUAACUGAGGGCCAAAUGAAAGAAAAACCAAAUCAUACAAAUGAUGCGAGACGUCCUGACAGCAGCAUCAUGGUCAUCUCCUACAUGGUCCCUCUUGCACUUCUUAUGUGUGUUGUUGGUUUUGUGAUGGUUCCAUAA